UAGUGCACACUGCUCCUUUAUUUUCGAUUUGCUACCAAAGGUGCAGAACAAUAUUGUGCUGCUUGUCUCCAGCAGAGUGGGGUGGGGGAAGAGUUAGGGCCAGAUCCAAGUAGUGUCUGUAAAACAUCUCUAAAUGGUAGGAGGGCACUCUAAAGGAGAUCCUUUUCCCACCUUCUUGAGUCCAUGAAAAAUUGUUACCGUCGGAGAGAGCUUGCUUCUUUUUGUGACUUUGUUUGUCCAAUUUAGGCUUAAAACUUAAGCACAUUGCUGCUUUUUUCAGGAACUUGAGCUGGCUGGAAUAAGAUCAUGCUUAGCCUCUGGGAAACCACGGAGCAACAUGGCGGGGGCAGAGGCGGCACAAGCUCGUCCUGCCGCCUCUGAAGCGAAAGCCUGUCCGGCCCCCGCCGCCCAGCCGGUUCGGUAGGACCUGCCCCAUGCCGGAGGUCCGCUCUGGGCUGCUCCACGCCGCGCCCGGGAGGCUCUUUUCACUGCGCCCGCUGGAGGGCAGCCUCGUCCAGGCCGGGCUCUCCCAGCCCUGCUCCUCGCCGGGGGCGGAGCCGCAGCCGCUGCCCGUCACAAGCGGCGCCGGGGAGCAAGGGCUGCAGACGCGACGCCGGCCCGGACUGUGCACACCUCCACGGCCGCAGGGAGGGGAGAGGGAGACGGGACCGGAUCGGACCGAGGAAGGUCCGAAGCCAUGUCACUCGCCCACGCUACGCCGCGGGUCCCUCUGAGGCCGCGCGGCGCCCCCGUCGCUGAGCCGAGCGCCCCACAAGAUGGCGGCCCCAAGCCAGGCGCGGUCGAGCCGGGGGCUGCCAGCACUUCCGGCCCCCAGUGCAGCGGAGCGGAAGUACGCGUUCUGGCUCCGCCCUCGGCGGAACGAGCAGGGCGGGACUACAGCGGCACGGAAACGGAGAAGGCGGAGAUGGCGGCUGGCGCGGGCUACGAUCUGCGCUCGCGGCAGCGGCCCCCGGUGGGGGAGGCGGCGGCGGCGGCGGCGGGGCGCUGGGCGGGAGACGGUGCCUCGGCCAGGGCGAACCUGCCGAACACUGCGCCCCGGCGCGGGAUGCCUGACGCGCUGGGAGGGAGUGAAUAUGCCUUCAUCAAAUUGACUCGACCCAGCAUAAGAAGUUUUCAAAGGGAAGAAUAUUCUCUCUUCAGUGAAAACAGAGAUUCCAAAAUGUGUGAAUCAGAAAAACAAGAAGAGCCACAUGAUGCACACACAGGAGAGCCAAGAAGUAAAACUGAUUGCUACGGUUGCUCCGAACAUGAUUCGAUGGAGGGAGUUGCAGAGGAGGAAGCGGAAGAAGAGGUUGACAUUGAUGGCUAUAAUGCUGAGUGUCCAAAGACUGACACACAUUCACUGCUGAAAGAAAGCAACAUCAUAGCUGAGGAACACUGGAAAAGCCAACCACAGAUAUCACAAAGUAGUUCUUUUAUUCAGACACAACCAGGCUUUGAUCAAAAGACAACUAUUAGGUCCAGGAAGUCAAAUGAAGCUGAAUAUAGAGAUUCAUCCAGUGUACACAAGCAGGUUCAAUCUGCAACUAAAAUGCCUGGUGGACAGUCGAGUAACCAGUGGUCUUGGAUGUGGAUUCUGGUAGUUGUGGCUUUAUUCACUAUUGGCCUGUGUUCUAUGUGGGUGACUCAAUCCUCCAAGAUUUUGCCAAUUAAAGAUUCUCCAAUUCUGCGAAUGUUCCAGGGUGAGAUGAAAAAAAUUAAGAAUGUCUACCAAAAUCAGGAUGAAAAGCUGUGGAAGAGGAUACAACUGUUCCUUGAGAAACGUCUCAAUAAUUCCCAUUCCCAUUCGGAGCCGGCAAUCUUAUUGCUUACAGCUGCCCAAGAAGCUAAAAGUGCUCUGAAGUGUUUAAGUAACAAGAUUGCAGAAGCCUACUCCUCCUCCCUGAGCACUGAUACAAUUGAGAUUGAUUGUGCAAGUACAGUGUCACAGGACAGCGAUAUGGCAAAGCUGGAUGUAGAUAAACUGCUGAGCUCUGGUUUUGAGAGUGGCAAGAAGGCAGCAGUGGUGCAUCAGUUUGAAUUGCUGCCUGCAGGAUCCACCCUGAUCUUUUAUAAGUACUGUGAUCAUGAAAAUGCAGCCUUUAAGGAUGUGACUCUUCUGUUAACUGUCCUUUUGGAUGAGGAGUCACUGGGAAAGAAUCUCAGCCUGCGGGAUGUCGAGGAGAAAGUGCGUGACUUUCUCUGGGCCAAAUUCACCAAUUCAGAUUCUCCCAGCCCCUAUAAACACAUGGACACAGAUAAGCUGAGUGGACUGUGGAGUCGUAUAUCCCAUUUGGUUCUACCUGUUUGGCCAGAAAGUGCUCUCUCUCAGAGCUGCUGAUCUUAAGUAAAAUCAGGUGUGGAAAAAAAGGGAGAUGAAAACAAUUGUGGUCACUGGGCAGGGUAGAACUUGUGCAGCUGCUGAGCUAAGGCAGUACAACAGUGUUUGAGCACAGACCAGUAAAAUAUUCUUUUUAAAGGAACUGGGGCUCCUGUAGGUAAGUGGAGAGUGUAAUGGUGGAACAUAGUUUUUGAUAAAUUGGACUACAAGUGAUUUAUUGGGGGCUGGUGCUCUGUAGAUGGAAGUUUUUUGUUUUUUUUUAACUGUAUAUGGCAAUCUCGGUAUCUUGGUAUAGUAGACUAAUUACACUCUGGGAAAUCUUCUAUGCUAGGAAGUAGUAUUGACAUUUGUUUAUGACAAUGUAACGUAACUAAUGAAUUUGCAGACUCAUUGACCAAAAUAGAUUUCCCUUGUCCUUCAGGCCAAAUCUUAUUAUAGUGUUUAAUGAGGCUGCAUCCAAGCGUAGGCUUUCUUUUGUUCCAGCUAACUGUGGCUUGGGUAUCAGUUACCUUUUGUGGUUCUACCAUUCUAAAAAGAUCUAAAAAAUUUUCUGGUUCAGAGCAGACGUCUCAAAAUGAAGAUGUAAAAGGCUUACUUAAACAAUUACAAAACAAUUCUAGAGAGUUAGAGAAACUGAGAUGAAGUGAUUGCUUCAAACAUCCAUCAACAGGUCAGUUCAGAAAUAACCCAUCAGUGUAUCUACCCAUCACAAUUUUUAAGGCUCAGAACGUGAUACAGAACAUAGGAGAAAUUAUAAAUGCUGGUCCAGUGCAUGCUAAAAUGCCUAAGAAGUACAAAUUGUGAGUAGGUUAUUUUGGACAAGUCAAGAGGUUUUAUUAGAAAGUCGAGAGUAUUUUUUCACUGACAAAAUGUGCAUUUAUUACUGUUUGUUAAUGUGAUAUCAUGGUCCUGUAAAGAUACCUCUUCCAGAUGUGUGCAGAAAACCUGUUGUUUCCUAUUUAUGUUUUUGCAAAAAAAAAGUAGUUUGCUUUGUUUAGCACAUUGUAUAGAGUGCCUCAUGUAAAAAA